AUGGCGGCCUCCUUGUGUCGUUGCUCCGAGCUGGUUGGCCGACGGGCUCUGGUUAUUUGCUCACGGCCCCUGGUGCCCUUCGUUUGCCAUAAAGAUGUUUACAUGCUACAAAGACUCGCUGUCCCCUCAACUCAGGUGCGGCAUUCAUCUGGUCGUAAAGGUUUUCUUGGAGAGUUUGUGGAUAACUUACGGCAGGAAUUUAGCAAGAAUCAAGAAAUGAAGGAUAAUAUUAAGAAGUUCAGAGAAGAGGCCAAAAGGCUUGAGGAGUCAGAUGCCCUUCAACAAGCUCGGAAGAAAUAUAAAUCUAUAGAAGCAGAGACGGCGAAGACAUCAGAAGUUUUUAAGAAGACACUGGACUCUCUGUCAGAUACUGUGAAAGGGGGUUUGGAAGAGGUGACCCGUACUGAUCUCGGAAAGAAGAUAAAGGAGGGAGUUGAGGGAGCUGCUCGGACCGCCAUCAACUCUGCAGAGACUGUGACUAAAGGGGGAGAGAAGCUUGGCAAGUCUGGUGCAUUUAAGGCAAUUUCACAGGGUGUAGAGGCGGUGAAGAAAGAGAUCGAUGUAGCUGACUCCGGUUCUUACAGAGCUCCACCUCAGCUGAGGAAGAGAACUGAGUACUCCUCUAAAGACAUGGACUCUGAGUCAAAGGUUUAUGAAGCCAAUGAGGAAGCAAUGGGUGUGGUUUUACACAAGGAUUCAAAAUGGUAUCAGCAAUGGAAGGACUUUAAGGACAACAAUGUAGUUUUUAACAGAUUUUUUGAAAUGAAGAUGAAAUAUGAUGAAAGUGACAAUAUGGUCAUCAGAGCGUCCAGAGUAGUGACUGAUAGAGUUACAGGCUUUCUUGGUGGUCUUUUCUCAAAGACUGAGAUGUCUGAGGUGUUGACAGAGAUUGUGAAAGCUGAUCCCUCUUUUGACAAAGACAUAUUUCUCAAACAAUGCGAGAAAGACAUUAUUCCCAACAUUCUGGAGGCUAUGAUCCGAGGAGAGCUGGACGUGCUGAAAGACUGGUGCUAUGAAGCUACAUACAGUCAAUUGGCCCAUCCUAUACAGCAGGCUCGAGCGCUGGGUCUCUUGUUCCAGUCCAAAGUCUUGGACAUUGACAACAUUGAUCUGGCGAUGGGGAAGAUGAUGGACCAGGGCCCAGUGCUGAUUAUCACCUUCCAGGCGCAGGUCGUCAUGGUGAUCCGCAGCCCCAAAGGAGACAUUGUGGAGGGAGAUCCGGACAAAGUGAUGAGGAUGAUGUAUGUUUGGGCCUUGUGUCGAGACCAGGAGGAGCUGAACCCCAGUGCAGCCUGGAGGCUUUUAGACAUUUCUGCUUCCAGCACAGAGCAGAUACUUUAA